UGCGCCACCAGCGGCCUCCUAGCGGCCGCCGCUCUCCCCGCCCAGCCCCGCGGCCGGGGCCCCGCGCCCCGCUGCCGGCGCCGGGAACUACACUUCCCAGGGCACCCCGAGCUGUCUCUUGGCGGCUUCUUGGCGGGGCGGCUCGCAAGACCUAGUGUGCCUGCGGGCCGGAGGGCGGUGCUGAGGCGGGGACGGAUGCCGCCGGCGGUGGGCGGAGGUCUGGCGGGGUCCGAGCUGCGCCCCCGGAGGGGCCGCUGUGGACCCCAGGCCGCUCGGGCCGUGAGCCCGGACGUGGCCAACGAGGCUGCAGCGCGAAGCCCCAAACGGCCUGCCUGGGGCUCGCGGCGCUGCUGUGUGGCCGGCCGGUGGGCCCUGCUGGCCCUGGUGACGCUGCUGUCCUUCGCCACCCGCUUCCACCGCCUGGACCAGCCGCAGCACAUCUGUUGGGAUGAGACGCACUUUGGAAAAAUGGGAAGUUACUAUAUCAACCGCACCUUUUUCUUUGAUGUGCACCCGCCUCUGGGAAAGAUGCUCAUAGGUCUUGCUGGUUACCUGAGUGGAUAUGAUGGCACCUUUUUGUUCCAGAAGCCUGGGGACAAAUAUGAACAUCACAGCUACUUGGGAAUGAGAGGAUUCUGUGCGUGUCUGGGUUCCCUGCUGAUCCCCUUUGCCUACCUCACGGUGUUGGAGCUGUCCAGGUCCCUUCCGGCAGCACUGAUCACGGCUGCCCUCCUCACCUUUGACACAGGAUGCCUCACUCUGUCCCAGUACAUCCUCCUUGACCCCAUCUUGAUGUUCUUCAUCAUGGCUGCGAUGCUGAGUAUGGUCAAGUACAACUCCUGCGCUGACAGGCCCUUCUCUGCCCCCUGGUGGUUCUGGCUCAGCCUGACUGGCAUUAAUCUGGCUGGUGCUUUAGGGGUCAAGUUUGUUGGCCUCUUUAUCAUCCUGCAAGUGGGUUGGAACACCGUUUCAGAACUUUGGCAGCUGUUUGGAGACCUCAGUCUUUCAUUGGUGACUGUGGGGAAGCACCUGAUUGCCCGCGUGCUGUGCCUCAUCGUGCUGCCCCUGGCUCUCUACAUGGCCACUUACGCCGUUCACUUCAUGGUGCUGAAUAAAAGUGGUCCUGGUGACGGCUUCUUCAGUUCUGCCUUCCAGGCCCGCCUGUCAGGAAACAACCUGCACAAUGCUUCCAUCCCUGAACACUUGGCCUACGGCUCUGUGAUCACUGUGAAAAAUCUACGGAUGGCCAUUGGCUAUCUCCACUCCCACAGUCACCUCUAUCCGGAGGGCAUCGGCGCCCGCCAGCAGCAGGUCACCACCUAUUUGCACAAGGACUACAAUAAUCUGUGGAUUAUCAAGAAACAAAACACAAAUGCAGAUCCCUUAGACCCUUCAUUUCCAGUGGAGUUUGUAAGACAUGGAGACAUCAUUCGACUGGAACACAAAGAGACUUCUCGGAACUUGCACAGUCACUAUCAUGAGGCCCCACUGACCCGGAAGCACUAUCAGGUCACUGGCUAUGGCAAAAAUGGGACAGGAGACUCCAAUGAUUUCUGGCGGAUUGAGGUUGUAAACAGAAAAUUUGGAAACCGGAUCAAGGUGCUGAGAAGUCGAAUCCGCCUCAUCCAUCUGGUCACGGGCUGUGUCCUGGGCUCCUCAGGAAAGGUCCUGCCCAAGUGGGGCUGGGAGCAGUUGGAAGUUACUUGCACACCAUAUCUAAAGGAAACCCUCAGCUCCAUCUGGAAUGUGGAGGAUCAUAUCAAUCCCAAAUUGCCAAACAUCAGUCUGGACGUGCUGCAGCCCAGUUUUUCUGAGAUGUUGCUGGAGUCCCACAUGGUGAUGAUUCGGGGAAACAAUGGCCUCAAACCCAAGGACAACGAGUUCACGUCCAAACCCUGGCACUGGCCUAUCAACUAUCAGGGCCUGCGCUUCUCAGGGGCCAAUGACACAGACUUCCGAGUGUAUCUGCUCGGCAACCCGGUGGUUUGGUGGCUGAAUCUGUUGAGCAUCGCCCUCUACCUCCUCUCAGGGAGCAUCCUCAGCAUAGCUGUGCAGAGAGGCACACAACUGCCUGCAGAGGUUGAAGGGCUCUCCCAGGUCCUGCUGCGAGGAGGGGGCCAGCUCCUGCUUGGCUGGAUGCUCCAUUAUUUCCCGUUCUUCCUGAUGGGCCGGAUCCUCUAUUUCCACCACUACUUCCCAGCCAUGCUCUUCUCCAGCAUGUUGACAGGCAUUUUGUGGGACACACUCCUGCGGCUCUGUGCCUGGAGAUUGGCCAUAUGCUCCUUGGCCAAGGGCAUCCAUGUGCUGGGAAUCCUGAGCCUGCUCCUGGGAACUGCCUACAGCUUCUACCUCUUCCACCCUCUGGCUUACGGGAUGGUUGGUCCCCUCGCCCAUGAUCCCCGAAGUCCCAUGGCAGGACUCAGGUGGCUGGAAUCAUGGGACUUUUGAGACUACUGCGAGGACUCCAGCUGAGUCCAGGAGAUUCCCUGGGACAGCCAGCUGUGGAACCAGCCCCUGGACCCUCCCAGCUGCGGAGGAAGCUUCCCGAGGGGCUGAGGAAUUCUGCCCAUCAGGAUGGAGCUCUGGGCGCAUGCCUGGAACUUAACCCAACACCAGAGAGCCAUGGUUUUGCCUGCAGAUUCCAUCACCGAGGUGGCUCAGCGUCAGAGGACAACAUCUCUCAGGCCCGUUUCCCCGAGGAAGAAUGAGUGUGCAAGAGGGUGGGUGUGAGCGUGUGUGUGUGCAUGCAUGUGUGCCCUUAUCCCUGGGGAUACAGACCUUGACUGUGGACAGCUGAGUGUCAUAAACUCUAAGAUUUAGUCCAGGGCUACCGUAGUAUUUUCUGGUAUUUUUUUCACACUGGAUUUGGUUUGUAAGCAAAACGCAUCAAAAGUUCUCUACCCUCCAAGAGGGCUGAGAGUGCUGACUCACCUUGGGACACCACCGGGGCUGAGCAGAUGGGACCAUCCGACCCACACUGCCCUUCUACAGACGAGCACAGCAGAGCCCCAGAGCCCGGAGCGUGGCCGCCCCAGUGCCUCUGCUGCUGCCCCUGCGGUGGCUUCCUCUGUGGAAGCAGGUGGCUGCCCUGUGGAUGGGGCACCAGGCCUCAGAGCCAGGGGCCGAGAACGCCUCAGCUCUUGGUUGGCUCUCCUCAGCCCCAGGGGCCCCGCCCGCCCUCAGAGGAUGUCCUGCCAUGAGGCUGGUGGGAGCAACACCUGUCUUCACCUGCUGUGUUCCCAGGCCCUGCGGGUCAGAGGCACUAUCUCUUGAACUAUCCUCCCCCUGCAGCCAACCUAGCUUUGAGGGCAGGAGAGAUGCCUUCUCCUGAUUCCUGGGAGAGCCUUGGGAUGGGGGAGGCUCUCUUGGCAGCUGAGGAAGACAUGAGGCAGAGCAGGAAUCUGUGUGGUGCUGGGCUGAGAGGGUCCUGGGUGUGGGCUGCUCCAGCCCCCGUGGGCUGAUGUCCAUGUUACUAGCUGGGCAUUCCCUGCUGACACCCCUUUCACUCCAUUUCAUUUCCCCUUCUCUGUGUCAUUGUUUCACCAGUCUUUUUCCACCAAAACCCGGAGCACGUAAAGGUACAUUCCAGCUUCUCUCUAUGGCUUCGACGCCCAAGCAAGAAGCUCAGAGCUGUUCCUUUCACUUCCUCCCCAAAUGAAAAGGAAUAGAAAACCCUCAGGGCAGAACCAAACCAAACCAAGGCCAGCCCUUCUGCUCCUCUCCCUCCUCCUGGUAUAUGACAAAAUAUUUUGUCUCUGGGGACUCUGAUGCUUCAAGGUCUAAUGAUGACUCUCUGCCACACUCCGUCUUCCCUCCUCUGUAGUCCCCUCUAGCUCAGGCGGGGUCAGAGCUCUUUAGAGCAUCUCUGGGAGACGGUUGCCACGGAGACUGGAAAUUGGUCCCAGGGACUGGCUGUGCUACCCACUGGGUGGUGGGGAGGGAAGCUUCUGGCCAUGCUUGGACGUUCAGACAAGACAUCAUUAAUGUUAAUAGAGGAAAUGCAGCAAUGUCAAGAGCAAGGCUAGUUUGUUAAUUAGAUCUGGGGCCUGAUGACCUCCCUCUCUCAGGGCUACGGCCCCUUUGCCUUCCCCCAGCAGGAAGCACUGCCUGUGUGCUGAAUCUGGGCAGCUCCCUUAAUUGCAUUUCUGGAAGGGAAGGCGGGCAAGGGGUGGAGAGCCCCUGCUUGCCCCUUGCACCCACCUCCAUCCCUCCCC